CCAGUAUUUGUAUUCUCGUACCUGUUGGUGCAAGUCUGUAAAAAUGGCUAAGUUUGUGCUCGCAAUUUUCGUCGUUGUAGCUGCUGUAGUUGGAUAUUUUUUAGUGCAGAAGCUGGAGCUUGAAACUAGAAGCAUUUCUUUAAGCGUUGAAAUCAGAGGACCGUCCAAAGAAGAUAUCUUUGCUUCUCUGAUUGACCCUUAUCUUAUAACAUCCCUACAUCCUCUAGCGGACAAUCCAGCUGUUACGGACUUGCAGAAAAGCAAAAAUGAUAUUGGUAAUGAUCAAGUAACUUAUACAUAUCAUGAAGUAAUACCAAUGUUCGGUAUUUAUAACCAAAAAACUAGUUUGCCAACAACCAUGACGGUUUUGGAGCCUAAUUCAAUGGUACAGUUCAAUGUUUCUGUACACAGUGAUCUGUUGAAGGUACACCAGUACUGGGAGUUAACAGAUAUUGCAGAUGGAAGCGUAAAAGUAACAGACAAUCUUGCAAUCACAAGCUAUGGCAUUCUAGCAAGAUAUGCAGCAAGUGAGGCUUUGAAAGCUCACACAAUGCUCCUAAACAACCUUAAAAAGAAAUUGGAACAAUAAUGAAAUUCAAGCCAAUAGGUGACUUGUAUUAUAGAGUCAUUUACUACCAUUACAAUAAUCCCUUGCACCCUUUCUUUUGUUCUGUUAAUUAGCACCAAUUGUCUUACUAUUCGCAUGAGGAAAUGUAAAUUUGAAUAGAAAAGAAAAUUCAUGAAGCAUUUUGGUAGUGUUAGUAAAAUGAUGCCAUCAUAAAUGCAAAUGGCCCAUAUAGUUGAAGAUAGUGGAAUUGUCAUUACGUAUGUAAUGAUUAAGCCAUAUCUCAUGAGGGCAAAUAGUGAUCCUAUUAUUGUUAUAUUAACAAACUGGACAGCAUUAGAAUAUGACGGAAAGAAAUUUCAAUUGAUUUUUAUUUAGAAUCUCAUAACAGUGGGAUUUGAUUUGAUGUAUGUGUGUAUAGAUUACAAUUAGCUAGUUAUUUCUCUCCUGUGCUUGGAGGGAUUUUCUCUGGGUUCUUUGCCUUUCCUAGCUCUCUGCAAAAAUCAACUUCUAAAUUCCAAUUUAAAUUCAGUGGUAGAAGAGGCACUCUUUGGAAUCACUGUUAAUUUCCCAUCGUCAUCAUUGUUGCAUCGUCGUCAUCAUUUGUUAUUACAUCAAAAACUAUUUUUUCUACCAUACAUAGACUUUGAAAUCGACCACUAUUAGAUCAGGCAAUAGGAAUAUUCAAUAUUCAAUAGUCCACUUGUUUCUAUAUGCUUUAUGUAGUGUUUUGAAAUCAUAAGGAAAUGUUAUUUUUUUAUUUGGGGGAGUGCUGGGAGAUUCAAAUUAAAUAAACAUUUUUAAAAUUGG